GGGCUGGGAUUGCUUUCCUUUUUCCAACUGGGGCUCAGCUCCCUCCGGCUCUCGCCCUCGAGGGCGCAGGGAGGUGCCCGGCGGGGCUGUCGGACGAGCUGGGACCCGCGCGCCCGGAGGGUACGCAGAAAGCGGUGGAGGAGACCCGCCCUUGUCUGCCGGUCCUGGAAAGGAAGGGCGGCGGGAGGAGGAGGAGGAGGAGGAGGAGGAAGAAGGGAGGAGGACAAUCGGGUAAAGCGAACCGGACUCCGGCCAGGCUGCAGCAACUUGGACGGACUUGGAUUGCGGGGCAGGGAAGAGGAUCGCCGCUUUCUCAUGACCAUGUUCCCCAACGCUUGCGGGCCUCCUGGCUCCCAGGACUCUUCCUUUGCAUGGAAGCUGUGUGUCCAGUUGCUGCUUCUGGGUUUUCUCCUGCCCACCUGGCUAGGAGCCAUGGAGAUCAAGGUCUCUGAAGACCCCGUGGUGGCCUUGGUUGGCCAAGAUGCCGUUCUCCACUGUUCCUUCUCACCGGAGUCCAACUUCACUCUGAACGAGCUCAGCCUCUUCUGGCAGGUGACCGACACCAACCAGCUGGUGCACAGCUUCACGGAAGGCCAGGACCAGCCGGCCUACCAGGGCAGCACUUACGCCAACCGCACCGCCCUCUUCUAUGACCAGCUGGCCCACGGCAACAUGUCCCUGCUCCUACGCCGGGUGCAGAUUUCCGACGAAGGGAGCUUCACCUGCUUCGUCAAAGUGCGGGACUUCAGCAGGGCGGCUGUGAGUCUGCAAAUGGCAGCUACCUACUCCAAGCCGAACGUCAAUUUGGAACCCAGCAAGAACCUGAAGCCCGGUGACCUGGUCAAAGUGAGAUGCCACAGCUUUUCGGGGUACCCUGAAGCUGUUGUGCUCUGGCAAGAUGGCCACGGCAACAACAUCACCGACAACAUCACCACCUCCCAGGUGGCCAAUGAGCAGGGCCUCUUCGACGUCCAGAGUGUCCUGCAGGUGGUGCUUGAACCCAACAGCACUUACAGUUGCCUGAUCAAGAAUCCUUUGCUUCAAGAGGUGACUCAUGCUUCCGUCACUAUCACAGGACAACACCUUCUGUUCCCGGCAGUAGCUCUGUGGGUCACGGUGGGGCUGUCGAUUUGCCUUGUCCUCCUUCUGAUCGUCCUGGCAUACGUCUGCCAGAAGAAAAUCCGGCAAAGUUGCAAAGAGGAGAAAGCGAAAGCCGGACUAGAGGAGUUAAAUGACGGAGAAGGUUCCAAAACAGCCUUGCAACCUCUGAAAAACACGGAUGUCAAAGAAGAUAUAGCCGAAGAAAUUGAUUGACGAUAAUGGAGGUCAAAACAAUAGCCACCUCUCAAGGCUGAAGUUAUCAAGCCAACCCCUUGAGAUCUUCCUCCAGCAUAGACAAUAGAAGAGGCAAGAGGGAAUUGCCUUGAAGCCUACUACUCAAAGCUCUAGAUGCCUUCUUACAGAUUUUUGCCUUCUCUACAGACCUGGCCCUCCUACCCUGGAUUGAGAAAGAGGCUGGAACUCAAUUUACUCCUUGCCCCAAGCUUGGGAUAGCCAAGGUCCUUCUUCAUCCAACGUAUCCAAGACUACUUAUUCUUCCCCCUGUUGACCUUACACGGCAAAACCUGAUCUCUGUCCGCCCAGGGAUCACAAUUUGGAUCCACACGAAAAUCCCACAAUCAGGGCAGAGAACAUAAUCCAUCUCAGCAUUUCUAUUUUGAUUCUUGUUGUUGCCUUCUUCUGCCUCCAAUUUUUUUCCCCCUGAGGGGAUUAGCCCACUGGAUUUUAAGCCACUGCCUCUGGGAACAGUUUUCCUUUCUCGCUGCAUGGAUCUUUGCCUUCUCUUAUCAUUCAUCCAAGAAGCAAAAUUAGUCAGUUUCAUCAUUGACCAAUCCGGCAUUGCCGUAAUGUUUUGAGAAACGCUGGGAUGUUUGAGAUGCUGGAAUUUCACACCCAGGACAAACGGCCUUGAAGAUGCAGGCAUAAAUGGCCUGAACCGCUCUGCUCUCCUUCACCUGUCAUUCCCCUCUCCCCAAUUCCCACCAUUGUUGUGUACAAGUGUAUAUUACCCAAUUGCUUCCUUCUUCCUUUCCGCUCCCUUCCCUCUUUAUGGCAGGACGCCAGUGAGGCGCCAAACCGAAGAUGGAGGAGGAUCUGACUUUGUGCCUAAACACUUUUUCUGCUGGAAACUUCCAAAAACUGGCCAUCAGAGAUGGCAUAAGGGAAACGGAUGCAUGACCCGAGGGCGUACAUCUUCUUUUAUAGUCAUCAGUAAACACCGUUACAGUCAACAUUAGAAAUAGGGUUCUUUUUAAAAAAAACCAAUCUUAGAAAAAAAAAUAACAAAAGUGUUCUGAAGUAGGCAUUCCCAAACCACGAUGCAAACCCCUUGUGCCGACAACCCUUUUUAUUAAGUUACUGUGAAUUUCUCACAUUCACAUCCAACAAAGUCUUUCAAGAGAGCAUUUACAGUCACAGACCUUAUCUGGCUUGGCAAGCUGCCAGGCUGAUAUCUUCAAAACUUGGCAAGGAUUCUCUGAGAGUCACUAAUUUAUCUCCUGCAAACUCCCCUCCCCGUUCGCUCCUCUUUUAUUCCCUCUGGGAGGGGCCAUUCAUCGUCCACCUGUGGCCUUACUCCCAAGUCGACCCUUGUUCUUUAGCUGUUCCCUUCGUCUGGUAACUCUGCUCAUGCGCACACUGGGAACAGGAUCCAGCUAUUCAUCUGCCUCACUGAUGUCUGACUCCAAAGGCAGCUGAUAACUGUCAGACUGCCCUGACCCCCUCUCUGCCUCCGAUGCAGAGCCCUCCCCAGACUCCAGGGCUGGCCCAUGUUCCUCCCCAACCUCCUUACUGUCCGAAUCUGCUGCCAGCUCUGCUGACCACUGGCGGGUCACAACGAAAAGUGCCUUUGAGCAGUGCUGGAUAUCGCCUUUCAGCAAGAGACACUUGUGAUGCACAAAGAAACCUCACAGGGAACGGACUGUAUUCUUUCUGCAAGCUUUCUUUUAAAAAAAUAAAUAAAUAAAUCAACAACAACCAACCGAGAUGGAAAAAAAAAUCAGACUUCGGUAAACUUUGCAGAUAUGUUCAGGUUUGCCUUGAAACCAAUCACAUUCAUGGGGUGGGGCUUACUUUUAAGCGUGCCUGAGAUUAAAGCCGAAAUACAUGGUCA